AUGUCAUCAUCCGCAGCCCCUCAAACUCCACCUCUCAGGGACCCCGACCUAUCACUACCCGAUCCCCCCUCCGUCACCGUCCCUGUACCUGACGCUAUCACCGCUACCGCCGAGCCAGCCGACGACCAGCCAUCCCUAGCUUUCACCCCCGAGGAAGAGGCGAACCUCCUCAAAGAAUCCCUCGAGAGAAAGGCCGAGGCCAACCAGUUGUUCUCCUCUAAGCGGUACAAUGACGCCCUGGCCAAGUAUGACGAGGCCGUCUCCGCCUGCCCGCAUUAUCUCGACUACGAGAUUGCCGUGCUGAAAUGCAACGUCUCGGCGUGCCACUUGAAACUAGAAGAGUGGAAGGACGCCAUCGAUAGCGCCACCGCCUCCUUGGACGCUUUGAAUCGCGUCGAGAAGAAGGAUGCUACCGAGGUCGGCGAAAGCCCAGGCGGGGAAAAGGACGGCGACAAAGAAGAUGAUGCCGUGGAAGAGGAGAUCAUCAGCGCCGGAGCAUCCAAGGCCGCCCCUGCUCCGGAGGCCGUCGAUCCUGUCAAGGAAGCCAAGAAGAAGCGUGCGGGGGACAUCAAGAGGAUAAGAGCAAAGGCUCUGAUGCGGAGAGCGAGGGCUCGAAGCGAGCUUGCUGGGUGGCAGAACCUUGCCGGCGCCGAGGAGGAUUACAAGCUAUUGGCGACCAUGGAUAAUUUGGGCCCGGCUGACAGGAAGAUUGUGCUAGCCCAGCUGAGGACCCUGCCUGCCAGGACGAAGGCGGCUCAGGAGGCUGAAAUGGCGGAGAUGUGGGGCAAAUUGAAGCAGCUGGGCAAUGGUCUCCUACGCCCGUUCGGUCUCAGCACGGAUAAUUUUCAGUUUACCAAGGAUGAAAAGUCGGGAGGGUACAGCAUGAAUUUUCAGCCCGGCGGACCCAGCUCAUAG